UUCACAACAAUCAACACAACAGUCAAGAGAAGAGAAGGACGCUGAAAACGGCAGGAAAAUCUUGUGUUUUUAAAGAACAGACGAAAAAUCAGAAUUGUCCAGUGAACUAGAAGAGAGUGUAAUUUUAACCUAGCUCAUUGUCAGACAAGGAUGGCGGAGAAGCCGUUCGCCGUGGACCGUGCCAAGACUGGCCGGGCCGGCUGCAAGAAGUGCAAGCAGAAAAUCGAGACGGGCUCGCUGCGCAUCGCUCGCAUCCAGCCAAGUCCGUUCGGCGGCGAGGGCAGCACGAUGAAGGCCUGGCAUCACGUACCGUGCCUGUUCGCCGCCUUGGCCAAGGCGCGCGCCACCACCAAAAAAAUCGACGACCCCGAGGAGGAUGUCGAGGGCUGGAAUGAAAUCAGCGACGAGGACAGAGCGGAAAUCCAGUCCCAGCUGGACGACCUGCCACAGCCUUCAACCCCAAAGCAGAAACCUUCUGGAAAGGCACCAAAAAGCCCGUUGCCAGUGAAGAGCCCGACGUCGAAGAAAAGUCCGCUUAAAUUGGGCGUCGCGAGUGGCAGUCAGGAGCAGCAAACGAGCUCCUCAGCUGCCGGAAAAGACAACUCUUUUAGAGAGUUUCGUCGUGUCUGUGCACUCAUCGCUGAAACACCCGCCUACACAGAAAAGACUACCAUAGUGCGCAACUUUCUCACCAAGGGAAGCUCUGGAGAUGGCUUUUCUGGAGAUCUCCUUUUGUGGAUUCGCAUGCUGCUGCCCAUGGUGGAGAAAAGAGUUUACAAUGUGCAAAGCAAACAACUUGUCAAGCUCUUCAGCAAGAUUUUUGAAGUCGACUAUGAGGAAAUGCUUGAGGAUUUGGAGCAAGGAGAUGUAGCUGCUACUGUAAAAAGCUUCUAUGAGAAGAGCAAGACCUGCCUGCCAAUAUCAAAGAGCACCCUAUCAUUGCAAGAGGCGGACAAAUUUCUUGAAGAACUUUCCGAAGUUCGGUCCGAGGAAGAGCAAACUCAAAUUUUCAAGAAAAUAGUGAAAAGAUGUACAAGCAAUGACUUGCAGAUGGUCAUCCGCCUCAUAAAGCAUGAUCUACGAAUCAAUGCUGGACCAAAGCACAUUCUGAAUGGGGUCCAUAAAGAUGCGUAUGAAGCGUUCCAGAAUUCAAGAGACUUGAAAGCUGUUGUAGGUCAGUCGGCAGAAGCCAGUACUCCUUUGGAUAUAAGUUUCAAUGUGAUGACGCCUUGCCUUCCCAUGCUGGCUGAAGUGUGCAAAAGCGUGGAUCAAGCAAUGGCGCGAUGCCCAAAUGGAAUGCUGGCAGAAAUAAAAUAUGACGGAGAACGAGUGCAAGUGCACAAAACUGGAGAUGCUUUCAAAUACUUUUCUCGAAGCUUGAAACCUGUUAUGGACCACAAGGUCAAACAUUUUGCAAAAUACAUUCCUAAGGCUUUUCCACAUGGCCGCAGUUUGGUUCUUGACAGUGAAGUUCUUCUCAUGGACACUGUAACUGGUAAACCACUGCCUUUUGGAACCCUAGGAGUUCAUAAAAAAGCUGAAUUUGAGCAAGCUUCAGUGUGCCUGUUUGUGUUUGACUGUCUAUUUUAUAAUGGGCAAUCCCUCUUGGACAAGUCUAUCAGUGAGAGGAGAGAAAUUCUAAAAGAAAACAUGACAGAAGUACCUCACAGAGUUGUUUUCUCAGAAGCCCAGGAGAUAAGUCACCCUUCGGAGUUGGAAAAAAUGAUAGCAAAAGUGUUGAGCGAAGGGCUGGAAGGACUAGUUCUUAAGGAUUUGCAGAGCAAAUAUGAGCCUGGCAAGCGGCACUGGCUGAAAGUGAAAAAGGACUAUCUUGCGGGUGGUAAAAUGGCAGACACUGCUGAUUUGGUGCCUUUGGGAGCUUGGUUUGGAACUGGAAGCAAGGGUGGCAUGAAGAGCAUAUUUCUCAUGUGCUGCUUUGAUCCUGUGAAGAAAAUAUGGCUCACCGUCACCAAAGUGCACGGCGGUUUCGAUGACAAGCAGCUUGAAAAGUUGCAGACCAGCUUAAAAAUGAAGAAAAUAAGCAAAGACCAUGAAUUGAUUCCGGCCUGGUUGCACUGCCAUCGCCAUCAUGCUCCUGAUUUCAUUGCCAUCGAUCCAGAGGAAAUGCCUGUUUGGGAAAUCACUGGGGCCGAAUUCACUGCUCACGACGCACACACGGCUGGCAUCUCCGUCCGCUUUCCUCGAGUUACCAAAGUCAGAGAUGACAAGACUUACAAAGAAGCCACCAACCUAAAUGAACUUAGAACCUUGUUUAAGAAUUCUCGAAAUGGUACAGACGUCAGCUCUAUAUUUGGGGGUGAUGACGAAGAUAGUGCGUCCACCUCUUCAUCUUUGUCUAGAAAGGACUCGCCAGCACCAAAAAAGAGGAAGAUCGAGCAGUUCCUCAAAACCUCACCUAAGAAGGCUGCAGAGGAUAUUAAAAAAGAUAAAUUGAAGAACACAAACUCGUCAUGUUCUUCCGGCUCCUCAGAAAAGCUCUUUGUUAUCCCUGCCAAGCUUGAUAGCAGACCCGACUUUAAAGAUCCCUUGCCUGAUGUCUUUGUUGGCGUAAGCCUGGUUCUGCCUCCGUGGGUGUUGAAAAACCGAGAGGAGCUUGCAAGAUAUUUCACAGCUUAUGGAGGUGAAAUUCUCAGUCCACUGAAAGCUGGCAAAGCCACGCACUGCCUUUGGGACUAUGCACAUCCACCGACCUCUAAAAGUGCUGCCAUACCUAUAACCACGUCGUGGAUCAUCAACAGCAUCCGAACAAAGAAACUUCAACCCAUCGAACAUUACAAGCCAAAAUGAAUUUCCCCCCAAUUUUUGUAAUUGUCAGUUUAAUCUGUUUAUGUGUUUUGUAAUUUUUAAGAAUUAAUUUAAUAAACCAAGUAUAAAAAU